AUGGCUCCUCCUCCUCCCACCGCCGCAGAGCAGUAUCUCGCCCAAGACCGCUUCAACCGCCGGUUCAUCUUCUCGACGACCUCCCACGGCGACCUCCCAGUCACCUACGCCGACGUGGGCGUCUCCGCCCGCGAUGCACCCGUCGUCCUCUUCAUCCCGGGCAUGGUUGGCUCGCGGUACUUUGCUGUCGACAAGCAUGCCAUAGCGGAGAAGAUGGGGGUUCGCAUGCUCCUAGUUGACAAGUUUGGAAUGGGAGGCACCCCCCUCGUACCCCUCGACCAACGUCUCAGCCUCUGGUGCGAGCUGGUCCCCCAGCUGCUCGCCCAUCUAUCUAUCCAGCACGUCACCCUGAUCGCCCACAGCGCAGGAACCAUCUACCUACUCAACACGCUGGCCCGGUGCCCGCAGAUCCUCUACCCGAGCAAACCCUCGGUCGUCUUGCUCGCGCCCUGGGUUGACCCCGUUCAUUCGGGAGUCACCCUUAUGCAGUGCGCGCAGUACCUCCCCACCCCGACUUUCCGAGUGUGGAACAACGUGAUGCGUUUCUUCGCACUGAAUGUGUCUCCUAUGCUUAGCUCCAGCGGUGACAUACUCAAGAGUUCAAACACUACUACUUCCACUAGUACUAGUACUAAUGAGAAUACUCGGGAAGAGCGUGCCCGUCAUCAUAUUCAAGAAGAGUACGGUCUUUCAAUCAAGUUCCAGCACGAAUUGGAGAAAACGGCAAUCAGCGCCGUCUUCAACGGAUCGACCGCGGGCGCCAACGCCGAUGCACUCCUCUGUCUGCGCAAAGGGCCCGGCACCUCCUGGGCCGCAUGUGACGAUUACGCUGCUUUCGUGACGGAACUGGUCGACACCCUCGCCCUGGCGCAACGGAGUGGUGGUGAAAGUGGACCCGCUUCGCCGCUCCUUGUGCGCGCUUACUUUGCUGAAUCGGACCGGAUGAUCGGUCGGAAGGGCCAGGCUUAUUUCGAGGACUGCUGGCAGAAAGGCGAUGGGGAGUUCUUGCGCUUCGAGUCCAGAACCAUCCCGGAGACGGACCAUGAGACUCUCCUCACCUGUUCGGUUAUUGAAGAGAUAUUUGAACUGGCAAGGAGUGAUUGA